AUGUCUGAUUCGUGCGUGGUUUGGUUCACGCCCAGCUCGAACCUAUUUCCAACAAGCUCAAAAGCCCUUAAAACCUCUCACAGGGAGCCUAUGAUACAUGCAGAGAUUCUGUCCCAUUCUGCGGAUAUAAUGUGCUUGCAGGAAGUGGAUCGCCUAGAAAAGCUUUCUUCUACUCUAGAACAAGCAGGGUAUUCCUUUGCUUAUGCUGCAGGCCCUGGAAAGCAGCAUGGCUGCCUUAUUGCUUACAAGCAGAACAAAUACAGCCGAGUGGACGAACUUAUAAUUGAGUACGACAAGCAAGAAGUGCAUGAGGAUUCUUCCCAUCCCGCUACACGUAUCGGAUCGAGUCGCAUUACGAAAAAUAUCGGUUUCAUGGUCGCAUUAGCUGAAGUCGGGGCCGAUCACCAAGGUGUCAUCAUCGCAACCACCCAUCUGUUUUGGCAUCCUGCAUUCACGUACGAAAGGGCAAGGCAGGCCGGCAUUCUCAUUCGAGAAGUCCUUCAUUUCCGACAGUCUAUGAAACUUGACCAUUGGCCCUGCAUCAUCGCCGGCGACUUCAACUUCACUCCCGAUGACCCGGCAUACUCCUUGCUCGUCGGCGAUUCGCUUACUGAGGCCCAGUCUCAGUGUUUGCAUAUGUCUCGUGUAAUUCAUAUAACCAUCGAUCCCACUAUAGUAUCAACUGCCAAGAAGGCAGACGAUGAAGAGGGAGAUGGCUCAGAGGCUGAUCCAGAUAGGGUCAUCAAUAACUCCAGAGUAGCCACUUCAUCAGACGGACUGCUGUCCGACCUUGAAUUGACAUCACUCUUCAUCAAUGGUGCCAAGCUUCGGAGCGCAUAUGAUGAAGGUCAAAGGACACAGAGAGACAACGGCACCCCAGGUGAUUUGUACACAUUUGGCGAUCGAGUCUCUUUGCCCCCGACCAGACUCGGAGCUCAUGAACCAAUGUGGACUAGUUACACAAACUACUGGAAGACGACGCUAGACUACAUUUUCUUCGUAGACACACCCAAACACAGCAUCAAUGUUGCAGGCUACCUCAACCCACAUCGUACCACUGACAUGGAAGCAGGUCUUCCUCAGAUUGGCGUUUGCGGAAGUGAUCACGUCUCUCUUUGUGCAGAACUCCUUUUAUCAUGA